GCUCUGGAAAAUUCCUGUCAGAUUCAGAAUCGAAGAGAGAGCAGUUCAGUGUGAGGCAUACAUAUCAGCGCUAGGCGUCUGCUUUCUCUUUGUUUUCGUAGUGCGACAUAUAAAGUCUCUGAUUCUCUGUCAUGACUCGGACUGUCGUGAUGGAAGUCUCCGAGGCUGGAAAUGACUCCUUGGGAAACAAGGUUUAUGCUAGUGUCAGAAAUGGAGAUGAUGAUAACAUCAAUAGUGACAAAGCAUUUAAUGAGCAGACCUCAAGUGAAGUGUAUGAGAAUGAGGCAAACAAGAGAACAAAAGAUAUGACAAAUAUUAUGGAUGAUUUAAGCUUAAAUUCGCCUAAAGAGUGCCCAUCUCGAUCCAGGUCUAAAACACGCUCCCUAAAACGCAAGUCUUUAAGCCCCUCUAGCAGCUCGAGCUCUUGUUCCAGCUCCUCAAGAUCCUCCCGUUCAGGAAGCUGGAGCAGGUCUUCCUCACAGGAACGAAGGUACUACAGGAAAAGAACUAGAAGAAGCUCGAGGUCUUAUUCUCGUGGCCGAUCUAGGUCUUACUCCAGAAGCUACUCAAGAAGUCGCUCAAGAUCCUACAGCCCAAGGCAAAGGAGAAGAUAUUCUUCUGCUUACAGAAGAUAUUAUAGGUCUCCACCUAGGUAUAGGUCACGUAGCCGUUCUCGUUCAUAUCACAAGCGUUAUACAAGAAAGUAUUAUGGCUUCAUACGACGUCCUUGCUCUCCUACUUUCCGAUCACACAGAAGUCGAUCAAUGACUCGUUCCCGCAGUAGAACGCCUUUGCGCUUAAGUGAAGAGGAAAAGUUAAAGUUAUUAGAAAUAGCAAAAAUGAAUGCUACAAGAGCCUUGGGGAAGGAGGUUGAACUGCCAGAAAGCCUGAAGAUCAUUGAGAUUUAAGAAUAUGGAUGAAGAGGCCUGCGUCACUUUGGAGAUAAGUUAAUUGUGCUGCUCAGAUGGAAACUAACUCUUGUUAUGACUUCACUUGAUGAAAGCUAUGCAGAUGAUGGUUGUGUACAGAAAAUACUUGUACAAUUAGCCUAAUGGAAAUAAACUCUUUAAUUUCAGUUAGCGAUGGGGAGGGUAAUCAGCAGUACUCUCCUAUAAGCUGUGUACUCUGGAGAGGACAGAACAUGCUAAUGAGGUAGCUAGGUUUAAUAGAGCCUACACUUUACUAUGGGAUUUUAGUUUCAAGAUGGCAUAGUUUAAAAGGGUUUUUCAGGAGCUUUAAACUGAUGGCCUCUCCUCAGGAUAGGUUAUCUAUCUGACUUAGUAGGGUCUGGCACACUUUCCGAAAACAUGUUUUGAAAAGGCCAUCUUCCUUGGCCAGUGAUGUCGCGUGACCUAGGCGCAGCUUGGUCGUAUUCAAAUGAGUGGGCCUGGAUUGCCAUAUAAAGCUCACCUGCUGUAAAAUGAAUGGCAAUGUACUUGGUCUGCUAUGAAGAAGCUGUGGCAGCAGUGUUGGAACACCACUGGUUAGAUAUUGAUGACCUAUCCCGAGAAUAGAUCAUCAUGUUUCAUUACCAAAUAAGCGAAGACCUAAUUGGGGUA